AUGGACGGGGAUUGGGCUCAUUUCUCCACUACCGCAAGCCCAGUGAUACACGAAGAUACGACUGGAUUCGUAAUUUUGGUAUGCGUGACUCUCAUCGCUUGUUGUUACGGAUUGUUCGAGCGCUGUAGAGAAGAUGGGCAAGAAAAUCAACUAGACGAAGAGAAAGAAGAAGCAAUACUCAAAGUGGAACAUCAGAGACAAGUGAAAGCUCAACAGGAACCAAGCCGCCUGAACUCCUUUGAAAAGCAGAAAAGCCAGGAAGUUAAUACAAAAGAACAGACACAGCAAAACCCCUCUUCUUGCCCGAUUUGCUUUCAAGUCUUCAAUGGUAACGAUUGUCAAGAAUGCACUCUUCCCUGUGGCCAUCGCUUUUGCAACGAUUGCUUGAACCGUCUUUCUUCCUGUCCAAUUUGUCGAAAGCCUUUCACCAACGACCAGAUCAUCAAGCUCUACUGA